AUGCCGCUGCGAGACGUGCUCAAGAAGCGCUCCAACAUCCAAGGCGAUGCCACGAGUACACGCAGCACCAGUUCCAACUCGCUGCCAAGCCUGCCCAAUCCGAUCCCAGAGUUCACGUUUAUGCGUACCACGACCCACGAGCAGGAAGUCAUUGUCCCACCUUCAUAUCCUGGCGACGAAGUCCCACUGGCCUCUGGACAAGUGCCCGAGAAGAAACGCCGCAGUAUCUUUCGCAAAAGCAGUGCGAACUUUGUCUCUACUGUCGCCGGCAGCAAUAAUUCUCUCCCGUCCCACUCUGAGGAAAAGGAGACUCCGACUGCGACUCUUGUGCGACCCAAGAAUGAGCGCAAACUCUCAGAGAGACUGCACUUUGGCAGGUCAAGAGGCCUUUCCAAGAGCGACAGUAGCUCGCAUCUGCCUACCGAUCUAGGAGAUGCGCCUCAAAACACACCAGCGCCUCUGGAUCCACCCGACGCCAAGGGCAGAGUCAAAGAGACAGAAUCCAAAGAAAACAAGAUGCAGCGAGAAGCACAAUGGGAAAAGAGAGCUACCAUGAUGGCUCUAAAGAACCCCAUCCUCGAAGGAGAGAGAUCAGAGUCAAGCGAGAAGAAAGGCCAUCGACGGAGUACCUCGCUCGAGGAAGGCGAAGCCGAUAUCCAAGAAGCCAUUCGUUUGCAUGAGGCAGGUGAUCUAGAGCGUUCAACACAGAUAUUCGGCACAUUGGCGGAUCCACAUGGCGCGAACAAUCCACUCUGUCAGGUACUCUAUGGACUUGCUCUACGGCAUGGGUGGGGCAUCACUCCAUCUGCAGAUGCUGCGAUACACUACUUGAGUCUAGCCGCGUCCAACAGCGCAGCCAUCGAGUCAGCAGCCCUGUCCUCAGGCUCAAAAACAGGCGGCGAAGCAAAAGGCGAGCUAGUCCUUGCCAUUUUCGAGCUCGCCAAUUGUUUCCGCUACGGUUGGGGUAUCAAAGUAGACAAGGUGGCCGCAAGAAAUUACUACGAGGUUGCUGCCAACCUGGGCGACCCUGACGCUCUGGAAGAAGCAGCUUGGUGCUACAUGGAAGGCUUUGGCGGGCCUAAAGACAAGUUUUCCACANNGUUUAAAGCAGCGCAGUAUCUGCGAUUGGCCGAAGGCGCUGGUCGUAAGAGUGUGGGAAACAGUUGGAUCUGGAAGGACAAGUAUAGUUCGCCGACGAAGUGA